UGAGCCCAGCAAGUUGAGCUGCUGCUGCCAUGUCCGUGUGAGCCGAGCUCGGAGCUCUCUCUCACAGCGAGCCCUGGUCGGGGACAGUCAGCCAUGAGCCGGGACACGGGGUGCGGCAUGCGGUCGGUGGUGGGCUUCCUGUCCCGGAGGGGGCUGCACGGAGACCCCCUGCUGAAGGAGGACUUCCAGAGGAGGCGGCUGCAGGCCUGCAGGAACCUCUACAAAAAGGACCUGCUCGGCCACUUCGGCUGUGUCAACGCCAUCGAGUUCUCCAACCGAGGGGGGGACAUGCUGGUCUCAGGUGGAGAUGACCGUCGUGUUUUAUUGUGGCAUAUGGAGCAAGCCAUUCACUCUAGAGCUAAACCUAUCCAAAUGAAGGGGGAGCAUCAUUCUAAUAUCUUCUGCCUUGCGUUCAACAGCACCAACACAAAGAUUUUCUCUGGAGGAAACGAUGAACAAGUGAUCCUUCACGAUGUUGAGAGUGGCGUAACAUUGGAUGUUUUUCUUCACGAGGAGGCUGUAUAUGGCUUGUCGGUCAGUCCUGUGAAUGAUAACGUGUUCGCUAGUUCAUCUGAUGAUGGAAGAGUUCUGAUAUGGGACAUCCGAGAGUCUCAACAAGGAGAUCCUUUUUGCUUGGCGCAUUAUCCAUCAGCAUUUCACAGUGUCAUGUUUAAUCCGGUGGAACCCAGGUUACUGGCAACCGCCAAUUCCAAGGAGGGAGUAGGACUUUGGGAUAUCCGGAAACCACACAGCUCCCUGCUACGAUAUGGUGGAAACCUAUCCCUGCAAAGCGCCAUGAGUGUACGAUUCAACAGCAAUGGAACGCAACUGCUAGCAUUGCGCCGACGCCUGCCUCCUGUCCUGUACGAUAUUCACUCGCGUCUGCCAGUCUUCCAGUUUGACAACCAAGGCUAUUUCAACUCCUGCACAAUGAAGAGCUGCUGCUUUGCUGGAGACCGGGACCAGUAUAUCCUGUCUGGAUCUGAUGAUUUCAACCUGUACAUGUGGAAGAUUCCAACCAACCCUGGCUCAGGUGGAGCAAGUAGAGAUGUAAAUGGUGCUUUCAUGGUUCUGAAGGGACAUCGCUCCAUUGUAAAUCAAGUGCGUUUCAAUCCAGACACCUACAUGAUCUGUUCUUCAGGUGUCGAAAAGAUAAUAAAGGUUUGGAGCCCUUAUAAACAGCCAAGUUGCUCUGGAGACCUUGAUGGGCAGGUUGACGAUGACUCCCGCAGUUUGUACACUCAUGAAGAGUACAUUGGUCUUGUACUCAACAGUGGAAGUGGGCUGUCCCAUGAUUAUGCCAACCAGUCAGUGCAAGAGGACCCCAGAAUGAUGGCUUUCUUUGAUUCCCUAGUACGGCGGGAGAUUGAGGGAUGGAGCUCAGAUUCUGAUAGUGACAGCACAAUUCUGCAGCUUCAUCCUGGAGUCAGUGAGCGUUCAGCUUACAGCGAUUCAGAAUCUUCAUCUCUACCUCCUUCACCAGUGCAAGCUCCAGGAGUGUCUGAUGAGAAUACCAAUGCUGAAGGGUCCCAGAGAUCUGCAGAGUUUCCUACUACAAGACCAGAUAUGUCUUCCCAUCAGCUACAUAUGUUGGCUUUAAGAAGAUACCAGGAUAAACGACUGUCUGCCAUGUCCAACAACUCUGACUCCGAUGAUAAUGCCUGUGAAACUGAGGCAGAGAUUGAGCCCUUUCCUCGUCCUCGAUCACCGAGUCCUGAGGAAGAUCAAUCCAGUAGCAGCAGCAACAGCGAUGAAGAAGACAACCUUAAUGAUCGUCGAUCGGCAAUGCGACAACGUAAUGCACUCAGAAACCGUCAAAAAAUUCAAAGGGAAGAAAAGGCUAAAGUAAACACAGAAAACACCACAACCAUUGUAGGUGAGGAUGUGUAUGAUUAUCCUCAAAUUACCGUUGAUGAUCAUUCAACAUCUUCGGAAUCCUCACCUGAGAGAAGAAGUCCAAACGAAAUUGACAGAAAAUCUUCACUGUGUUCAAGCAUAGGCUUAGUUGAGCGAAAGAUAUAUAAAGCAUAUAAAUGGCUGCAAUAUUCUUACAUAUCCUAUUCUAAAGGGAAAGAAGGAGAGACCUCCAAUGCAGACGAGGAAAGUGAAGAAGGAAGGCCAGGUACAAGUGGAAGGUGUAGUACUUUGCCACCGGUUAAGGUAAAUGAUAGCCUACAAAACACAAAUGAUAUAUCCUCUGCAGCUUCAGAUUCUGUACAAAGAGACUCUAUGGUAGAAAGCCUUAGUACAUGUCCAAGUUAUCAGGGAGAAAAACACUCUUGGUUGGAAGAAUUGGAAAACUCUUCACAAGAUACCGGGUCUUUAGAAUGCCUGUCGGAAACUAAAAAAUUGAAUGGAACAUCCAUCCACAAAGAGGUCUCACCUCAAUCUGAUGACUCUUGUGAUCAUUGUGGCUGUGAAUUGGCACACAGCGGCCCAAAAAAUCAACAGACUUUAAACCAGCAAUCUCUUUUCCAAAUAAGGGACUCUUCUACUUCUUUGAAUACCAGCAUAGAACAUUGUUUAAGAAAUCAGGAGGAUGAGGCGGAAGGGGGAGAAACAGACAAUUCAUGCUCACUCCAGAGUAAUGGCCAUCUCCAUCACCAUUCCCCAGUCUAUAAUGACAGAGGACAAAGUUCUAGUGAAGCAGGGACAUGCUCUCAUACAAACUCUGUUUUACAAAGUGCAGGCUUGCCACAGGUAGCACGAACAUCGCACAAGGACGUAUGUCUAACACCCAUAGGCCCUAACAUAUGUACCAAAGAUGAUUUCACAGAUCAUAAAGACUCUGGUGAUUGGCGGCCUCCUGGUGGACUGAAAAGGCACAGGCAAGAAUGUGAAGAGUUGGAGAAUUCUUCCUCCGAAAAGAAAAAAAAAUCUUAAAAUGUGUUUUCUGUUAAAAUUUAAAAAGUACUAAAUGGUAUACCGUAUGUGUGGCUAUGUGUAACUGACUCGCUAAGCCAAUGUUAAUUUGGCUUUACUGGUUUUUGAUAUGUGACAUAGCCAAAGUUUAGUUUGCACUAAAGAAAACUGUGUCUUCUUUAAACUAUUUUUAUAAUUUGUUCCUACCAUUAUGUUAAUAUUAGAGUGAACUGGCAUCUGGUUUAUUUUUUCCCCCCUGCUUUGGGGCAUCUUUAAAACAAAAUGUGUUGAAGACGUGACAACUCUUGUGUUGUCACAUUAUUAUAGAAGGUGAUGGAAGGCUAAGGAGAAUCAUCAGAAUUUUGCCAUCACAACUCUAAAUAAAUAUCUUUUGGUUUUUUUGUUUGUACAUUGCCAAAGUAAACAAAUUCUUUCUGAUUAUACAAAUUAAUCUGGCUGUUUGUGACAGGAAAAUGUUAGGACUUACUCAAAAGAUUAAAGAAAAAAAACUGCU